AUGGAAUUUUUCCAUCCUAACGAUGCUUCUAUUCUCGUCACAGUCUUAAGUUUAUUUGUGGUCGUAUUUAGUCUCGUUUCUAUGUUCGUUAAAGAAAGAUUAUAUCUUUCUGAACCUCUUGUAUGUGUUGCUGUUGGUAUCGCACUUGGUCCAAUCGGUUUAAAUGUCGUUGCUCCCGAAAAAUGGGGUGGUAAUGUCGAUUUGAUAACUAGGGAAUUUACUCGAUUCGUUAUUGCAAUUCAGGUAUUGGCGAAUACUAUGAUUAAAGGAAGAUUUGCAAAAAAAUAUAUAUCAGUUGAUCUUCGUGAUCUUAUUUCCGGAGAAAGCGCUGCGAACGAUGGUAACGCAUAA